AGAACAAGGUGAAAAACCUCACAGAAGAGAUGGCAGGUCUGGAUGAAACCAUCGCUAAGCUGACCAAGGAGAAGAAGGCUCUCCAGGAGGCUCACCAGCAGACCUUGGAUGACCUGCAGGCAGAGGAGGACAAAGUCAACACCCUGACCAAAGCUAAAAUCAAGCUGGAACAGCAAGUGGAUGAUCUUGAAGGGUCCUUGGAGCAAGAAAAGAAACUUCGCAUGGACCUAGAAAGGGCUAAGAGGAAACUUGAGGGUGACUUGAAGUUGGCCCAAGAGUCCAUAAUGGACAUCGAAAAUGAGAAACAACAACUUGAUGAAAAGCUCAAAAAGAAAGAGUUUGAAAUCAGCAAUCUGCAAAGCAAGAUUGAAGAUGAACAGGCACUUGGUAUUCAAUUGCAGAAGAAAAUUAAAGAAUUGCAAGCCCGCAUUGAGGAGCUGGAGGAGGAAAUCGAGGCAGAGCGGGCCUCCAGGGCCAAAGCAGAGAAGCAGCGCUCUGACCUCUCCCGGGAGCUGGAGGAGAUCAGCGAGAGGCUGGAAGAAGCCGGUGGGGCCACUUCAGCCCAGAUUGAGAUGAACAAGAAGAGGGAGGCUGAGUUCCAGAAAAUGCGCAGGGACCUGGAGGAGGCCACCCUACAGCAUGAAGCCACAGCGGCCACGCUGAGGAAGAAGCACGCAGAUAGUGUGGCCGAGCUUGGGGAGCAGAUUGAUAACCUGCAGCGGGUAAAGCAGAAGCUGGAGAAGGAGAAGAGUGAGAUGAAGAUGGAGAUCGAUGACCUUGCUAGUAAUGUAGAAACGAUCUCCAAAGCCAAGGGAAACCUAGAGAAAAUGUGCCGGACUCUAGAGGACCAAAUGAGUGAACUGAAAUCAAAGGAAGAGGAGCAGCAGCGGCUGAUCAAUGACCUCACAGCGCAGAGGGGACGCCUGCAGACUGAAUCUGGUGAAUUUUCGCGCCAGCUUGAUGAAAAGGAAGCUCUGGUGUCUCAGUUAUCAAGGGGCAAACAAGCCUUUACUCAACAGAUUGAAGAACUAAAGAGACAACUUGAAGAGGAGAUAAAAGCCAAGAACGCCCUGGCACAUGCCCUGCAGUCCUCCCGCCAUGACUGCGACCUGCUGCGGGAACAGUAUGAGGAAGAGCAGGAAUCCAAGGCUGAGCUGCAGAGGGCGCUGUCCAAGGCCAACACUGAGGUUGCCCAGUGGAGGACCAAAUACGAGACGGACGCCAUCCAGCGCACAGAGGAGCUGGAGGAGGCCAAGAAGAAGCUGGCCCAGCGGCUGCAGGCUGCUGAGGAACAUGUAGAAGCUGUGAACGCCAAAUGUGCUUCCCUUGAAAAGACAAAGCAGCGGCUGCAGAAUGAGGUCGAGGACCUCAUGCUUGACGUGGAGAGAACAAACGCUGCCUGUGCUGCCCUUGACAAAAAGCAAAGGAACUUCGAUAAGGUCCUGGCAGAAUGGAAACAGAAAUAUGAGGAAACGCAUGCUGAGCUCGAGGCCUCCCAGAAGGAGGCCCGUUCCCUUGGCACUGAACUGUUCAAGAUGAAGAAUGCCUAUGAGGAAUCUUUGGAUCAGCUAGAAACCCUGAAGCGAGAGAACAAAAACUUACAGCAGGAGAUUUCUGACCUCACGGAGCAGAUUGCAGAAGGAGGGAAACGUAUCCAUGAACUGGAGAAAAUAAAGAAACAAGUGGAACAAGAGAAGUGUGAACUUCAGGCUGCUUUAGAAGAAGCAGAGGCAUCUCUUGAACAUGAAGAGGGAAAGAUCCUGCGCAUCCAGCUUGAGUUGAACCAAGUCAAGUCUGAGGUCGAUAGGAAAAUUGCUGAAAAAGAUGAGGAAAUUGACCAGCUGAAGAGAAACCACAUUAGAGUCGUGGAGUCGAUGCAGAGCACGCUGGAUGCUGAGAUCAGGAGCAGGAAUGAUGCCAUCAGGCUCAAGAAGAAGAUGGAGGGAGACCUCAAUGAAAUGGAAAUCCAGCUUAACCAUGCCAACCGCAUGGCUGCCGAGGCCCUGAGGAACUACAGGAACACCCAAGGCAUCCUCAAGGAUACCCAGAUCCACCUGGAUGAUGCUCUUCGGAGUCAGGAAGACCUGAAGGAGCAGCUGGCCAUGGUGGAGCGCAGAGCCAACCUGCUGCAGGCUGAGAUUGAGGAGCUGCGGGCCACUCUGGAACAGACAGAGAGGAGCAGGAAAAUCGCAGAACAGGAGCUCCUGGAUGCCAGUGAGCGUGUCCAGCUCCUCCACACCCAGAACACCAGCCUGAUCAACACCAAGAAGAAGCUGGAGACAGACAUUUCCCAAAUGCAAGGAGAGAUGGAGGACAUUCUCCAGGAAGCCCGCAAUGCAGAAGAGAAGGCCAAGAAGGCCAUCACUGAUGCCGCCAUGAUGGCUGAGGAGCUGAAGAAGGAGCAGGACACCAGCGCCCACCUUGAGCGGAUGAAAAAGAACAUGGAGCAGACAGUGAAGGACCUGCAGCUCCGUCUAGAUGAGGCUGAGCAGCUGGCCCUGAAGGGUGGGAAGAAGCAGAUCCAGAAACUGGAGGCCAGGGUACGUGAGCUGGAAGGAGAGGUUGAGAGUGAGCAAAAGCGUAAUGUUGAGGCCGUCAAAGGUCUGCGAAAACAUGAGAGGCGAGUGAAGGAACUCACUUACCAGACGGAGGAAGAUAGAAAAAAUAUUCUCAGGCUUCAAGAUUUGGUAGAUAAGCUUCAGGCAAAAGUGAAAUCUUACAAGAGACAAGCUGAGGAGGCUGAGGAACAAUCCAACACCAAUCUAGCUAAAUUCCGCAAGCUCCAGCACGAGCUGGAGGAGGCCGAGGAACGGGCUGACAUUGCUGAGUCCCAGGUCAACAAACUGCGGGUGAAGAGCCGGGAGGUUCACACAAAAAUCAUAAGUGAAGAGUGAUCAUGUACUGAUGCCAUGGAAUGACUGAACACAGGCACAAAAUGUGACAUAUUUGGUCAUUUCCUGCUGUAAUUAUUAUGUAUUCUACCCUGUUGCAAAGGAAAUAAAGCAUAGGGUAGUUUGCAAACAAUA